UUAAUUAACUGAUUAUUUGCUUUCUCCUUCAACAAUGGCCGGACUACGUUAUCUCUUUCUUACCCUUUUCUUUUCAGGCCUUAUUCUCUCAUUAUCCGACCUAGUUUUCUCGGCGACGUUUACGUUUGUAAACCAAUGCAACCACACUGUUUGGCCGGGGUUAUUAUCCGGCGCCGGCACACCGCCGCUGUCCACCACUGGGUUCGCCCUCAGCUCCGGCGACUCAGUCCCGGUCUCCGUCCCCGCCUCUUGGUCGGGCAGAAUGUGGGGCCGGACUCUCUGUUCUCAAGACCCCACCACCGGGAUAUUCGCCUGCGCGACCGGCGACUGCGGCUCCGGCGCCGUGGAGUGCUCCGGCGGCGGGGCGGUGCCGCCGGCGACUCUGGCGGAGUUCACCCUGAACGGCGCUGGUGGGCUCGACUUCUAUGACGUCAGCCUCGUCGACGGCUACAAUCUGCCGUUGUUGGUUGUUCCGGUGGUGCUUGGCGGCGGCGGCGGGGGGAGUAAUUGUUCGAGCACGGGGUGUGUGGUCGACCUCAACGGGGCAUGCCCUUCGGAGCUGAAGGUGGUGGUGGACGCCGCCGUGGGAACGAGCGGCGGCGGAGGAGGAGGAGGAGUGGUGGCCUGCAAGAGCGCGUGCGAGGCGUUUGGGGAUCCGAAGUACUGUUGCAGCGGCGAGUACGCGACGCCGGAUACUUGCAAGCCGAGUGAGUACUCGGAGUUCUUUAAGAGCGCGUGCCCACGCGCGUACAGUUACGCUUACGACGAUGGAACCAGUACAUUCACCUGUGCCUCCGCGGACUAUGUCCUCACUUUCUGCCCUAUUCCUUCUGCCAGGUAAUAAUC